AGUCCUCUUUAUUGCCGAUAACACAUUGUUGCUAUGUUAUGGAAUUGCUGUUGAUCAAUAUACUAAAACGAAAUGUAACUAACAAAAAAUGGAUAAUUCUGCUCGUAUCGUAUAUGUAUGCUGUCUGUGCCUUCGUCAAUAUGAUCUCCAGGAGGAUCUUCGAGGCCAUCUCGUCUACUUUCAUGGAUAUGAGCCCGUUUCGGUGCCCAGUGUCAAAAACAAAACAGCGAAGACUUCAACUACGGAACAACCUGCAGCCGGCAGAAUCAACCAGGAUAAACAAACCAUUGUGGAGCAAUCGGAGCACUCAGAACCCCCGCCAAGCGAGCUGCAGCCCAUGCCUUUUAAGGACUUUCGACUGGUGUUAAGGGCCAACAUGUUAGAACCGUGCUCCUUUGGGAAGGAAUGUCCCUUCAAGUUUCAAGAUGCAGCCAAAAUGAAGCUCCACUCCAGUUGCCACAAGGGCGGCAGCUUUUCCUGCUGCGAAUGUGGAAUGGAACUGCCGAAUUGGCGUCGGUGCUCGGCUCAUCUGUGGAAAACCCACCAGGUGGAUGUGGAUCUACUGGAGUGUCCCGUCAACGAAUGCAACUACAAGUCACCCAUAUCCGCUCUCGUGUGGCGACACAUGCAGGUUCACAAAAAGUGGCGACCCAGAGUGCUCCGCUCACUGGUAGCCGUUCAGCGGAGAAGGAAGCUUAAGGAACAGUCCACGGAGAUGACCGCGCAACCUGCUGCUCCGCCACCAGCUUUAACGAAGAACAAAUACUACGCCGAGAAGACCUGCGAGAUUUGCAACCGCAAGUUCGUCAAUGGCAAAACGCUCUCCAAACACGUGAAGACUGUUCACAAUAAAAUCAAGCCAUUUAUCUGUAAUGUUUGUGGCAAAAAGACGGCCCGCAAGGCUAGUUUAAUAAUUCACAUGCGUCAACACACGGGCGAGAAGCCUCUGCAGUGUGGGGAAUGCAAGUUCUCCACUCGCGAUCCCAGUGUCCUGCACAAGCAUCGGCAGCGUCAUGAUAGCCAGGACACACGAAGCAACCUGAAGUGUAGUCAAUGCGAGUACUUCUGCAUUCAAGCCAAUGCUCUCAAGCGCCACAUGCGACUCAAUCAUGCAGAAUCCUAUCGGGACUUAUGCUGUGAUAUUUGCAGCUUCAGUUCCAUAAAUGCAGCACGACUACAAGCCCACAAACAGGAUCAUCGACAGGGCUUGAUCACAAAUUGUGAGGAUUCUAUGGAUGCACGAGCCGCUGGUUUCAAGUAUCCUCGUAAAGUGGGCGACAAGAACGGGGAGAUAUCAGCUGACUGUUUUAUGCCGUUGGAGAGCGUGGAUUCAUUGCCCCAUGAGCCAGCUUUGGAUACGGGUGGUGUUACCAUACCAGCUCCUCCAUCUGAAGAUACUCAAUUCCCCACGUAUUUAAAAGAUUAAAAUAAUAACAUUUUAAGUUGGUUGAUUAGGGGUAAGCGUUGGUUUGAAUUACUUCCCAUUGUUUUAUUGAUUACUUUGUGUUUUUAUUAGUAUGUCCUAUGUAUUUAUUUACAAUUCCAUUUGUUGUAUAUGGGCGUGUCCAAUGCGCUGUAAAGAGUUUUGUAUAAAAUAAUGUUCUCAUGCAGUUUGUUUAGGGGAUUUAAAUGCUUGUUUAUUAAGUUGUUCAGUUUUCCAUUUAAAUUUAAUAUCAUUUUAGAAUCUGAUAUGAUUUUUUUUUUCAACAUUCGAAUUAUUUAGUCAUGCUGGUUUACCGUGUUCCGAUUAAUUAGGCUUUACUUUAAACUAAUUUAAAAGUUAAAAAUCUACUCUGCUAGCGAUAAUCAUCCGGAUUCAGUUCGGUUUGAAGAUCAGCGCUUUUAAAUCUAUGUUACGACAGAAGUGUUUUCAUUUGGGCAGUUUCGCUAAUAACUUGUUUAAGUUUUUAAUAUUUAUUUUAAUUAGUUCAGUAGUUGAGCUUCACUUUGGUUUAACUUAUUUCUUUACGCUUGCAUUUAAUCAGCUGCAGGAUUUCGCAGACCAAGUGAUCUGGAGAAUCCAAAAGUUAUGCACCUCCUGUCCUCUUGUUUGCUAUAGUAAUGAGAAUAAGUUACCACCGAGUUAUAAAAAAGAUUUUAACGUUUA